GUAAUGAAGCGUGUGUAACUGCGAGACCUCCUUAAAACAACACUCAGAGAUACUUGUGUACAUGUUGAAAGUCGGUGUUAUAACGGAGAGAAAAAGAGGAAAUGUUUUUUUUUUGGUCGCCUCUUCUGCUUUGGCGAGUUGAAUAGUGAAGGACCGGGGGAGAACACAAAAAGGUGAGAUGAGGGACCGACUGUGUGAGCUGCAGACCUCCAAACCUGCAGGGGAGGAGCGCAUGCAAGAUGGGAGCCACAACCACACCACAGAGGGGGAUGACGAGGGGCAUCUGGAGCAACAAGCCAUCGUGUUUGAGGGCGAGGAUGUGUUGGACAACCUCUACAAAGAGGCGCAGGCGAUGAGGAAGGAGAUGCUUCUGCUCAAAAUGGACGUGAAGCGUCUUGGGAAGCAGAACACCAGGUUCCUCACGUCUGUCAGGAGGAUCAGCAGCAUCAAGCGGGACUCCAACGCACUCGGACGGGACAUCAAGGCCAGAGGGGAGGCCAUUUAUGCUCGGCUGGAGAAGCUGGGGAAGCUGAGCAAAGAGCUAGAUGAGGAGCACGGGCCUACAUCAGCUGUGGCUCGCAUGGUGCGGUCGCAGCAUGUUUCUCUGACCGCCGCCUUCCACAACGCCAUGUCUGAGUACAACGAGGCUGAGAUGGUCCAGAGGGAGAACUGCAAGACCCGCAUCCAGAGGCAAGCGGAGAUCAUGGGCAAGGAGGUGAGCAGGGAGCAGAUCGACGAGAUGAUCGAGACGGGCAAGUGGAACGUCUUCUCGGAUAAUCUCCUCCUGGAGGGGAAGACGGCCAGGUCUGCUCUCAAUGAGAUCGAGAACCGGCACAAGGAGCUGCUGGAGCUGGAGAGCCGGAUCAAGGACAUUCAUGAGCUUUUCUCCCAGAUGGCCCAGCUGGUGGAGGAGCAGGGCUGCAUGCUGGAUAACAUAGAAGCGAAUGUAUAUGCGACUCAGGACUAUGUUGUCAAGGCCACAGUUCAGAUCAAGAAGGCUGUGAUAUACAAGAAAAACAAUCCAUGCAAGAAACUCUUCUGUUGUUGCUUCCCUUGCUGCAACUGAAACAGCAUCAGUGUUACUUUGUCUUCUCAGUGUCCUUCAGAAUAUCCAGAUUUGUUUCAAAUCAGCUUCCUGUGGAAAGAUGCCUGUAAAAUGUUGGUUUAGUUUGUGUAUUUAUUUAGCUCAAAUGAACCACUGAGCUAAUUUUUUAAGCAAUAGUAGCGUCCAAAUUUAACUCUAUUAUAAUUUUCCACAGUGAGCUGGUCUGAGAAAAGGCCUGCAUUUCAAACCACACGUCCAUAUGCAAAUGUAUACAGUGAGAUAUGGGUGUUGCA